AAGAGUCUUGUUUCAAGGGCAUUUUUUUUGUAUUUUGGUUUACUGCUAUCUCGUUUCAUCAUGUCCUAAUCUGGAGCAUAUCCUUCUUCGGAAGACUCGGACUCGGACUCGGACUUUGAGAUAUGUUUAUCAUAUGAUGAUUUUCCUUUUGGUGAUACGAAACUUCUUGAUUUGGUAGUCGUUGAUAAUAAGGAUGCAUUUGUUCAACGUAUUAAGAAGCAGAGGAAACGAUCAGAAAUUCAUGAUGCUUGGUAUCAAUCAAAAAAUAUGUUAUCUUCAAUUUUCUUUUAUAUCUCUGCAAGAAAUGCAGUAAAGUGUGCAACUGCUCUAUUAGCCGGAGAAACAGGUCUCGAUGUAGACAUUAAUGCCCUUCAUCCUGUGUUUGGUUCAACUCCACUGCAUUUUACAUCAGGUCCUCCUGAGUAGAUCAACUUAUAUAUUCGCAAUGGAGCUCGGACUGACAUCAGACAUAAGGGCAUGUUACCUUUAAACAAAUUUCUUGACUACAUAAGAAGGGGAUAUGAAAAUGUUGAUUGGUCUUCAAGACAAUCUAUCUGCAUGUUGGUUGUUUUUUUGUGCUUAGAUAUGGAAAAGUUGGAGUCUCUUAGGUUUCUUUUUGAGAACACAAAAGAGGUUGAAAAAGAAGUAUAUCACUACAUGAAGGGCGGAAAAUUUGUUGAGACAACUGCCUUAUUGAUGAUAGCUCGAGAAGAAAUUACAUCACCAGUUCUUUUCAAGGAUUUUACUUCGAGUGGGAGCACGUCCCUUCUCCAAUUGGUUUUGUUAGAGAUAGAAUCACUAAAAGCAUCACAAAUGAAACUAGAUUCUACUAGUAAGGAGAUACAUGAGCUGAAGAAUAAGUUGGAAACAAUGAAUUCUAUGUUACACUUGAUUAAAGUUCUUCAAAGUGUUGGUCCUGAAAUUGACCAAUAUCGUCAAGACCUACCUAAGUUGAGCAUGGAAGAAUUGGCUACAAAAGUGGCAUACCUGCUUAUCAGCAAAGGAUUUGUUGAAUAUGAGCACUUGAAAAUAUCAGUUUCAGAAGAGACAUUGCCGACAUCCCAUCAGCACUUUCUGAAAUCAUUAGGAAGUAAAUUACAUGGAGAAAAUGAAGGCAGUCAGUUGGAAAGCAAAGAUGUGGCGGACGCCGUGGUAAGAAAAAUAAAGCUCACUGUGCUGAUCAGUUUGUUGUUAAUAUGUUCAUUAUCUUUGAAAGCAAUCAGUACUCCCUUUCAAAAACCUGAAAUUGUGUUAUAUUGGUAAGUGAAUUAAAAUUUUUGGUUCUGAGCAUGAAUGUUUUUAAAUGUCACUCGGCAUUCUGUCGAUGCAGCCCAUAUUUAUUAAUAAUAAAUAUUCACAUGUAUUUAUAUCUCUUUUUUGCCUAUGUUUAUGUGACCCCCAUCAUUUGAUCACUCU